CAAAAACCCCCUUCCAGAAAAUCGGAUAAAGAAAAGCCCUUUCCCCCCGUCGUCUACAACCACAGUACACCCCCAUGUCCGCCACCGUUCUCAUUCUCUCUCCACCGAAAUUCCUUCUCCUAACUGGUAAACUUCAUGUACGUACGCCAAUACAUAUACGAAAUCGCAUCUUUCGCGUACACUCUAAACGAACAUUAACGAAUCGUGUAUUGGGAAGCAGUAUCUCAGAUGUCUGAAUAUUGUUUAAUGGAAGUGGAAGAGGCCGUUCAAGAAGAAGAGGCCGUUCAAGGAGUCGAGAAAAACGAAAAGAAGAGCAGGAAGAAGGCCAGGGAUUCACAGGACAGUGGUCGCCAACAGUCGAGACUCGUUAAGGGAAUACUGGUGUCUCUGAGGAAGCCGUCGCACACGCUGAAGACAGGCUCCGAGAACGUUCGGACGAAGAAUCGAGCUAGGCUGCGCCGCCUCCUGAGCAGGCUCGUGCGGCGGCACAAUUGGGACGAAGCAAGUGGUGUGCUGAGCGUGCUGUUGCGAGGGACCGGCAAUGAGAGGUCUCCUUCGAGGAAUCGCACCAAGUAUUGGGUUGCUAUGGAGCUUCUCAAGCAUAUAAAUAGUGGGUCUGUCAAUUCAACCAAGAUCCAGAAUGUUUAUGAAAUUUGGAUGAAAAGGAUCGGAGCUAUGAAAGAUUGGCCAAUAAAGGAUAGAUUUAUGGUUCAAUUGGAGUCCAUCCUUUUUUUUCUUAGACAGGGGAAUGUAGGUGAAGCUCAUCAGGCUGCUUUAAGCCUCAUGCAAGAACGCGAAUUUGGAAGCGACCCAAUUUCAAAUAUGGUUGUGGGCUUGACUUUUUGCCAGCUGUGGUAUUCUACUAUUUCAAAAGAGUUGCAGUUCAGAAAUUCAGACAAGUCUUACACCCCUAUACCAUCAGAUAUGGAAACGAGAGACGAAGCCCCCAUUGUGAAUUCUGAGGGACAUGCUACAGUUGAUACCCAUCAAGUUGGUUCCUCCUUUCAAGCCGAUUCAGACACCUCUGUUAGGAAUGACAAAGUGGUUGCUCGAGAUGUUGAUCUGGACCAACAUAGAGAAGUUUCCAUGGAGGUGGAUGAUAAUCUACAGAAAGAAACUACCUACAAAAAUAACCAGUCACUGGGCUUCUAUAUGGAUGCUGCUGAGGACAGUGGACAUGAAAAGUCUCCUUUAUCUAAUUUUGGUGGCAAUAUGCAGUAUGCAUCUACUUUCAAUGCCCAUGGCUUGGAUUCAUGGUUGUUGCCAUUUCAAUUGUCGCAUCCAAACAAAAACUUUGAGGAUGUAACAUGUUCGCAGAGGGACACACUAAAUGACCACUAUAAGGGUGCAGUAAAGCAUUUACGACUUGCUCUCUGUUCAACACCUCCAGUUUAUGAGGCCCUGCUUCCUUUAGUACAAAUGCUGCUGUUUGCGGGUCACAUUGACGAGGCUGUCAAUGAGCUCGAGAAGUUUGGUCAUAGUUCACAGGCAGCAAUCCCUCUAAGAACAAAAACUAGCCUAGUGGAGCAUUUUGAUGGUGCCAACAAUGCCAAGCUUUCAACCAGCUUUGAGGGUAUAUUGAAGAAGGAUCCCACAUGUAGCCAUUCAUUGGCAAAGCUCAUCAGCAUGCAUCAAAAUGGGGAUUAUAGCCCUCAACAACUGGUAGAGAUGACAGCGUUGCAUUUGGAUGCUACCUAUGCAGAAUGCAACACUUGGAAAGAGUUUGCCUCUUGCUUUCUGAAACUUCAUAGUUGUGAAGAAGAUCAAAUGUCGACGUGUUUGAAUGGAAAUGAAGGUGUAAACAAGCAAUCACAUUCUCGUCGCUUCCACAGGAUGUCCAAAACAUUCACAGACGGAACAUCUGGAAAGACUUGGAGGUUUCGUUGCCGAUGGUGGUUAACACGUCACUUCAGUGAGACCAUUCUUAGUUCAGAAAUUGAAGCAGGUGAUUUGGAACUCUUAACUUACAAAGCAGCCUCAGCUUCUCAUAUGUAUGGACCAGAAUUUGAAUAUGUUGUAAAAGCUUACAAAUGUUUGGAGGACAGGGAUAAUGACAUGUUCUUGUACCUGCAAAUGCACAUGCAGAAUUCUGUUGGAUUCUAUCCAGAUUCUAACAAAACGAAUCAACGAUGAAUCCGGUGUUUUGGGAAUGUGAGGCAAGUUUUGAGUUUUUCUGUCA